CACAUCUUUUUCUGUUUGUUUAAACUGCGAUUUGUUUUUUGUUCGUUCAGGGGCAGGAGGUUGCAAAAUUCCUGAAGGAGAGGUCCGUUCAGUGUGGCUGUGAGCAUAAGAAAUUUCUUUCAAAACCUUUCAAUGAAAUAUUCCUCCAACUUUUGAAUGGUAGUGUAAAUUAUGAUAAUUUUUUACUCUAUUUAAAUAGAUUAAACAUGACUAAGUAGACAAACAGUAGCCAGUCACUUGAAUUCUGACAAAAUGAAGGACUUUUAAUUUAUCCAUUUAGCAGACACUUUUAUCCAAAGCAUCUUACAAAUGGGCCACAUCACAAGCAAUUUCUCAUAAGUGGCAGCAAUAUUCAUAGUACACAAUAUGCCAAGUUUAAAGUAUAAGAUUAGUAUACAAACUCCAUUAGCACAUAGACGUAUCCACUAUCUGUGGCGUAUUUUUAAAAGCAUGGAACCCAUCCUAUCAUGUAGGGCGGCAAUCAGAAAAGAGUGUAAUCUGCCAACGGUAUCAAGAGCAGGAUGAGUGCCGUCUCUCCAGCGGUUUGUAAAUGGAUUCCAAAGACAAGCGACCGCACCAUGUGACCAAAGUGAAGUGGACGGCAUGCUCCUUAUCUCUGAAGGAGAAAGGGAUGGCUGGGAGCAGUGGUGGCACCUUGGCUCUCCGGACAGAGCUGUAACAUGAAAACGGCCGUCCUUGCUGGCAACAGAGCUAAAGUGGAUAUAUUUCAGGUGCUGUACUUCAAGAGGUCAGUGCGUAGAGACAUGACAGAAUGGACGCUGCUCAAGCGGCUUCUGGACGCUGUGCACCAGCACUCCACCAUGAUCGGACGCCUCUGGCUCACGGUCAUGGUGAUUUUCCGUCUGCUAAUCGUGGCUGUGGCCACUGAGGAUGUCUAUACGGAUGAGCAGGAGAUGUUUGUAUGCAACACCCUUCAACCGGGAUGUCCCAAUGUCUGCUACGAUGCCUUCGCCCCAAUCUCGCAGCCUCGGUUCUGGGUCUUCCAGAUCAUCACUGUGUCUACACCUUCACUUUGCUUCAUCAUCUACACCUGGCACAACUUGUCCAAGCAGCCAAAAGGCGAGCAGUCGAGGGAAGCGUACGAUCGCAGUUGCGACUCGGACAGUUGCUCCAUCAAGUCGCACAAACAUCUCGGACACAGUCUUGCUGAUGUCUAUGAGGGCAUUGCAUUGCAGGAAGCCAAGGCUCCGUCCAAAAGCUCCUCGGGUGUCCUUUCCAAGUUCUACGUCUUCCACGUGUGCUUUCGCACCGUUUUGGAGAUCGGUUUCGUAGUGGCUCAAUGGCUCCUCUUCGGAUUCCACGUUCCCGCUCACUUUGAGUGCACAGCGACGCCUUGCAUGCAGAAGGUCGACUGCUACGUCUCGCGGCCCACCGAGAAAACCAUCUUCCUGAUCUUUAUGUUUUGCGUUGGGGUCUUCUGCAUCUUUCUCAGCUUCCUAGAGCUCAACCAUUUGGGCUGGAAGAUGAUUAAGAAGUCGGUGCUCAUCAAGGACGGCUCCUGGAAGGGAUACGGCGCUAUAAACCAAGACUCGCAGUCGAUAGCCUCGCUAACCUUCAGAGACGUUACCAGCACUACUUCUUUACCUACCUUAGAUCUAGUCGUGGACCAUCAACCUGACUGGACCUGUGCUGGGAGCUGCUUAACGAAGAAAGACAAAGACACCUGCAAAGGAACACAAUCACUCAAGGGUAAAUCGCAACCAAACAAAGGAAGAAAACCAAAGCAGAAGAGCAGUGAGGUUUGGAUAUAAACUCAAUUAUGGACAAGUCAAAGAGUCUUAAAAUUGAUUACGAUGCUAUUUUUGUUUGGUAGGUUUUUGAAGGCAGCUGCUACUCGUGUGUUUGGAUGAGCUUAAGAAAUAAACUGCACAAUCAGUCGUGACAUGUAAUCAAUAUUUCCACGUCAUUUAUUUAUGCAAUAUACAGUGUGUAAUAAUAUAUUCAUUUACAACAUCUAUAAACCACUUUGUGUAUAUAAAUUAUGCCAGAGAGCAAAAAGAAAACAAUUCACAGCCUUUCCUUUCACUCAGUGAUGUAGUGAUGAACAUUCGAGUAGAAGUUUUGCAAGAACACUAAAAUUGGUACAGGAGUUAGUAAUAGUGUUUGGAAACGAAGAGCUAUUCUACAUCUAAAGUCCGAGAUCAAGAUUGUUGGGGUGCCACAUUUUCUUUCGAGUCGAGCAAUUUCUUGUUUUCAUAAUGACUUCUAGAAUAGUAGUCAUAUAUAUUAUUAUAUACUAAGAAUCAGACAUUUCAUUUUACUAGAACAUUAUCUAUAAUCUCUUAACUUUUGAAUUUAAAGCUGCCGUGUGUAUUUUUUUCAAAUGUUAAAAUGUUUUAUCAUAUCCCAGUAUUUUGUGCAGGGAUAAUUAGACACUAUACCGUUUGAAAGUUUGGGGUUUUAAAUAUAAAAAAAAAGAAAAGAGGUCUGCUAAAUUCACCAAAAAUCACAUUUAUACAAUAGAGAUACAAUAAAAACUGUA